UAGUAGACUUUUUUAGUUCACCCAUGUCUAAAUUCGGAUCUAGCGAGAACGUCACGGACGAGGAGAAGAAGGAUAAGGAAUUUAUCAACGUUCCCGAACCUUUGGAUCUCCAUCCUCUGAAGCAAAAAUGGACAUACUGGUAUCUGAACGAUGAUCGACAAGCCAGUUGGGAAGAUCGCCUGAAGCCAGUUUGUACAUUUGCCACUGUUGAAGAAUUCUGGGCUUUGUACAACAACAUCCGCCCACCCUCUGGACUCAACUGUCUUUGUGAUUAUAAUGUGUUCAAAGCUGGUAUACAGCCUAUGUGGGAAGUCCCAGAGAAUCUAAAAGGAGGACGGUGGCUCAUUACUAUCGAGAAAGGGCGGCCAGCUGAGAUUAUGGACUUAAUAUGGCUAGAAAUUCUUAUCGCAAUGAUUGGGGAACAAUUCGGCGAGGAUAUGGAGCUCAUAUGUGGCUUGGUGUGCAAUGUACGCGGAAAAGGCAGCAAGAUUAGUAUGUGGACAAGAGACUGGAGUGCUGAAGAAGGAAAUAUGCGGAUAGGACAAGUACUAAAGCAAAAACUGCUGGGAGCUGAAGUACCCCCCGGAUGCACCACACCGCUGUUCGACUGGCUGAAGUAUGAGGAUCACGAUAGCUGUCAGAAGAAAAGUGGAAGCACUGUGAAGGCCAAAUUAUCAAUUUCCGCUGUCAAUCAAAUGCCUGAGCGGAACUGAUGGCUCCUCACUGAUGAUGUUUGCCUCCUAGUGUUUGUCAAGUUGUUUACGCGGUUUCAUAUGGUUGGAUGUUAUUUGUCCUUGAAAUUUUAUUCUCAGAAUGGUGUUUCAUACUUUGCUUCAUAAAAGGUUAUUUGGAUUUCUAAUAUACCUAUCUUGGUAAUAAACUCUAUUGAACGCACCG